AUGUCUGAAAGGAAGAAACGCAAGUGGAUCAAGGUCAAGCGUUGGCUGCGAAGUUGGGUGUUCACUCCCCUCGGCAACGUGAGGAUCAAGUUGAUCAACAAGAUUGAGCGAAAGCGCUGUCGAAUUGUCCCUGACUCCGAGAUCAGUCGCAUCGUUUUUGAUGCCCUCAAUGAUCGAUAUCCGAGUCGCUUUUUCCGGCAUCGCAGUGAUAGCCCAGUAUCGAGCCCACGGAGGAGAUCGGUGUUCAGCGACAAGGAUAACAAGAUGCUGGAUGAUUGGAUUAUGUCCCCACCGGCAGAGAGUCCACGACAGCAGUCUUCUAAACUUGAUAUGGAUGCGGCCAAUGGCUCUCUGCUUGACAGAGUUGCACUCGCUGAGGCUACCAAACCUAGGUAUCCUGAUCCUCGUGGAAGCUGGCCAGGGGAUGGACAUUCUGUGCUGAGAAUUAUGAAUCCGGACUUGUCUGUUUUGAAUAGUGACGAUGGGAAGUCUGAGAAGUCAGACCCAGUUUCUGUAUUUGAGGUUCAUAGGAAUAUGUAUGAGCUUUCCGCAGUUAGGGAAAUGAGCCCAGCCAUACCUGCUGAGUUAAGUGAAGGAACGCAAACUGAGAAGUUCCGUUCUGCUUUCGCUGACUUCAAUUUUGGCAUGGCCAAUCUCCCAGUGAUUGACGACUCACCUCCUCAACUCCCAGAUUUGUAUUUCGCACGGCAUCCCGAUCCACGAUUAUGCUGCCUUAUCACCUCAGCCCUUCGCGACUGCACCUCACCAAUUCUUUUCGAGAACGGUAUCUGUUCGUGUGCAGAGCCCCCACAAAGUGUUAACCCAGUGUUUCAACGUUCGCCCUCAUCAGAUAUAUCACGAUUUUCCAUCAGGAAGGCCAAAGCCCGGGCGUCCACUGCAGAAGUCAUCAUCCGCCAUACAUACAACAAGCGAAGUUUCAUCCUAAACAACUGGCAGAUCCCCUCGGAUGUCAUAACCCGACCACUCAUAAUUCGAAAAGCGUGCAGUGUCAUUCUAAACAAAACCCGGAAUGAUGCCCUACUGCCCAUUCCCGAAGAGACAACCCAUGAUGUGACUUCACCAGUACACCAUCGACCAUACAGUCUCAGCCGUAAAAUCCAACACGGCCCAUUACCUCCCCUGCCUCCUGCGACAUCCACUUCCCAUCUACCAGGUACCUCACCCACUUUUUCAUCGGCAGCAAAGCCCAGCUCUCGGCGACCUGGCAUCUCAUCAACCACUCAUUCUUUCCCUGCGGCAGCAUCAUCUGAUGUCCCACAAUAUCCUGACCGACCAACUUCAAUGUGCGGUGACUGUCUAGCAGGAAGACACCGCGCUCUCCACAGUCAUCCAUAUCAUCACCGCGGUGACAACAGCCCUCACCUUGGAACCCCCUCACUCCCAUACCCACCUAGCCCCCGAGAAGCAAACCGUCUUCAAAAUCGCGGUGACAGUCUGCCAUCAUCGCUCAGAUCUGGCCCGCAGUGCCGGCACUGUAAGACCCGUCGAUCUGGGACAAUGUCUCCCACAGAGUUAGUCAGUCCUCGGUCGUUGCAUGGGUCUCGGGCCCUGAAUCGCGUCUCAAUCUCCUUCUCAGACAUCGCACCCGACUCCUCUUGGGCUGGUCCUGUAGGCCAUAUGGGGUUCUAUGCUCCCUCCGAAGAGGACUUUCCCUUGCGUAUUGAAACUGAUCUCACCGAUGAGAAUGUUGAUCCUUCUGGCUGGGAAAUGUGUCUAAGUGCUGGAUCGGCUGCGCAAAACCGAAGAUACCGUUAA